AUGGGCAUCGUACAUGCACCCAGCACUCCAUGCAAGGUCACUAUACCGUCAGACUACGUCCUCGACCGACUUGACCAACUUGGUCCUCGGUUGCUUCAAAGCCUUGACGCUUCGCGCGACCUCCUUUACGAUUCCCUCCAAGGCAGCAUUACGGCAUACGAUAUCGACUUUCCACCAUCCCACAUCCUUGCAAUCCAUACUCCCAAUAAGAAUGCAAAGUCUUCCUUCUUCCUUCAACCUGUACACGACAUCAUCCUCUACUCGCAAUGUUCCAAACUCCCACCCAUCCCGGCAAAAUACCGUUUGUCGUGCGAGAGUCCGACAUUUACGGCUGCACCCAUUACCAUCCCGCAUCCAUCCUCAUUUGACAUCGUUCAUCGCUACCUUUAUACCCACAACAUUGACGAUAUCAUUCGAUAUCUGCUAGCAUCUUCUGGUAGACGGAUUGUUCGACGAUGCAGUGCAUCUGGCAUACUCUCCCGGCACGUCGAGACGCUCAUUCUUGUAGCCAAGGAGCAAGAACCAACCACGUACCAACAAAGCAUCACUGAACUGCAGCAUGCAAUUGCUUCAUGCUCGCCCGACACAAAUACACAACGUAGCAAAGAACGAUCUGGAUCUCCUUUGCGCCACAGUAUCACCGCCAGUCCGCAGAGCGAGGACGGUUCGCCUCUGCCUGGCCGCUACGAUUCAGGAUCGUGGGGGGAUUACGCUCAACCUGGCUCGCCAACGCUUGGAGCGACAUUUGCGCGUGUCGCAAACUCGCUCGUCUCGUCGUUGCGCUCCCAGUCGGUCAACAUGCAGACCGACGAUGAGAUAGAGGCACAGGCGAUUCGGGAGCGCGAGCAUUCGAGGAGAGAGGCAGAACGGAUUUUGACUCGUGAAGCUGAGGAGAGGAGGGUUAUGGAGGAGAAGAUUCUCGCUAUGCGUGGGCGCACAACCUCUCAGACGAGCCUCGCACUUUCUCAAUCUGGGAGCAAUGCGGAUAACGGCAAGAGUAAAGAAGAACAGCAGGGAUGGUGGCAAACUGCCAAGAACCGCCUUUCGACGUCGAAAGACUUGACUCCGGCCCAACAAAUCAUUCAAGACUCCAAAGUCAAGGAAAAAGAGGCGAAGAAGAAUAAGGGCAAGGAGCCCAAGACUCCUACCAAGAGGAGCAGCGAUACUUCGUUGUUGCAUCUCGACAUCCCCUCAGGUGGUGGUGGUUACCGCCGCGAUACAUCCCCCUCGCCGACCCAGGAGCAUCAGCUCACGCCGCAUCGUGAAAUCCCCUCGAGUGCACGGACAGGCGCAUCUCCCGGUGUUCCUGGUAUUUCUCCGGCGAAAUCGCUCAAGGACGACGACAAUCGACCCGUAUAUGCCAAGUAUACGGCACUUGGUUCUUUGGAUGUCAACGAGACUUUGUUGACCAUCACAAAGCGCUUUGAGAAGCUGGAGAGGUGGACAGUCGGGCAUGUACGAGCUCUCGAGGACCGUGUCGGCGAUGUUGAAAAAUGGCUCGUCGAUAAAGAGGAAGCUAGGCAGGCGGCGGAAGAAGCACGAGAGCGGGAUAAAGCCGAACAGAAGCGGAUGCUGGAUGAACUGAAUACAAAGGUGGAUGAGAUUCGACGCCUGGCAGACGAAGCGAAGAGAAGUGCACAGCAAACAACCAGAAGCAUUCAGCAGAAUAUCGAAACAGAGGUGGACAAGGCGGUGGCCAAAGUUCGCAUUCCUUCAUACUCUGAUUCUGGUUCAAGAGACAACGACUUCACCAAAAAGGACAUUCAACGCCUCACGUCUGAGGUCGGCUCCAUCAGAGAUUCACUUGCUCAAUUGCAGACAAAGUACACGGAACUUUCCAGAAUGUCUGCGAGCUCGAGCAAGAGUGGAGAUGCCCCUCGUUCGCACUCUCCAGCCCUUGUCCAAUCCCAUUCCACUGGCGGUGCCCCUGGAUCGGUCUCAUCAAGGUCACGACUUCCAUAUCCAUCUGGAGACUACGCAGCUGGUGACGGAGUGACGCCUCCCGCAUCGCCUCCUCCACUUACCAGCAAUGGCAGCAGAAGCUUUGUCGGAUCGCCUCCCACCACGCCAGCACUUCACAGCUCAAGCUCCUAUACAUCACUCAAUGCGAUGAGACCGCAGCCAGAGACCACAAGCUCUUACACGUCUCUUUCCCUCCCACCAAAGGCUGAACCACGACCGUCCUCGACCUCGCCUACCCCACGAAAUCGCAAGAGGUACACGGUUGCAUUGGGUGGACCUCUGACGUCUCCACUUGAUAGACUGGCACAAGACUAUGAAGAGGCGAACAAGGACAUGGACACUGGGCACGUUGACGAUAGCCCGCCUCGAGGAAACCCAUUCAGCUCUUCGGCAUUUUCGCGAGACUCACCUUCGCCGAAUGGACACGCCAAAGAGGACACGAUUGGCGGGACGCCGAUCGAUCUUGCACGCGUCGCCACUGUUUCGCCACCAGGUUCACUCACGUCUGCGUCGCGUAUGCGGGGUACAGAGAGUUCACCCGGCUCUUCGAGAAUUCGCGCACAAUCUGCGUACGGUGCACCAGCUGGAUGGAACUCCAUCUCACAGAGCCUUGGCACGACUCAGCCACUCAGACCUCGACGACGAAGUGGAGACCUGGGGGCCGAAUUUGGCGCUAUGAGUGAUGGCGGACCCCCAGGGAAGCUUGGAAGCGUUAGCAAGGAUAAUAAAUUUGUCGAUCCACUUGUGCGGCGGCGACAGGAGCGGGAGCAAGGCGGACCGCCGAAGCUUCCUGUGCCAAAAGGUAAAGCAAACUUUGGAGAUCUAUUGGCAUUCUUCGAUGGCGACAAGAAGUAG